AGACCUUCCUGUUGCUUUAUUGCUUCCUUUAGCGGCCUUUUCUAUCUUUUGCUAUUGUCCAGAUCUAUCGAUCAUGGGUGACUUACCACAAUAACUAGCCAAGCUGCCUUCCUUCCAGGUCACCGGAAUGGUGACUGACCUUGCACUUGCGGUUCGUCAUCCCUACAGGUCGGACAGACACGAUGGCAGAUCCUCUGGAUCAGUCCUCCAACAUCUAUCAAGGGUUUUGGAUAGACUGGUCGAAUAGCAAGACAUGGGGCCUCACCUGGACACUAUCCCCAACGCAUGCGAUAAUCUUGACCAAUUCGUUGGCCUUGUUCGUCAGCAUCACGGCGAUACGACUGUGGGACAUCAUCAGAUAUAUGCUGCACCAGACAGGCGCCUCGCAUCCUCCAAAUAAGGCGACUCCGCAUCUCCGUAGCGAGCAGUUCAUCCUGCGAAAUGCAGGCUCAAGUUUGGCAACGGCAGGGCAUAUGCUGAGCUUGGCAUGUAGAUCCAGGCGGAGUACGAAGCGACGUUCUCUUCGAUCGUACACUAUUGGGCUACUCGCCUUGAUCUACGCAGCUUUGUUUAUGACCGCGGGUGUGUUCUCCAACAGGGCCAUAAGUGCAGCAUCAACGAAUGGUGGUUCGGCAGUCCUAGCCAGGAGCAAGCAGUGCGGAGUAUGGAACCAGACAUACUUCAAUAUUGUCAACUAUGAGGACUGGUCCGAUGAGAACGAGUUCGGCUUAUACACUCAAUGGCAAGCGAAACAAGCACACGAUGUGCAACUGAGUCUUGAAUAUGCUCAGGAAUGUUACUUAUCCCAAGCAUCAACCCAAAUAUUGGCCCCUGCGAACGGGCCAGCACCCGCUAAUGCCUCUUCGUUGUGCCACACCUUCAGAAGUCCGAAACUCACCUGGAAAAACAGCACAGGUUCUUGUCCGUUCGAGCCGCGGAUGUGUCAAAAUGGAUCUAGGGUCAUCGUUUUGGAAACAGAUCACAUCGACUCUCAUGCAGACCUUGGCAUCAAUGCGGAACCAAGAGAUCGUCUGCAAUAUCAGCGCAAAACGACAUGUGCAGUCAUCAAUGGCGCAGGUCUUAUCCGUGGUUGGGAUGGUACAAUAGUCAACAGUUCGGAGCCCAAGCCCUCUUCACAAAGCGCCGCAGCAUUUUUCGGCCCAUCGCUUUACAAGGACACGGACUACACAUACGCAGUCACGAAUUUUGCGUCCUUUUACGAUAACUUUACCGCGCAAGUGACACUGCCGUACCAACUGGACUCUGAAUAUGCCCUAGGACUCGCUGACCCCCAGUGGACAUCGAGCAAUUUCGAACCCAUUCCGGAGCUGGUGCAAACUGCAGCCGACUUGACACUCUUCUUCCUGAGCUUCACGGGCAUGUAUCUGGGACCGAUUGACGAUCCAUGGUUCUCUGCUCACCAGGCACAUAACUUCCCAAACCCGCUGUCCUUUUUCGAACAGCGGUAUGCCUGCGACGCGGCCAUCAGUGCAUUGGGUUGCACAGAGCAGCACCAAUUCUGCACCAGCAAUAAUACCUGCACCGGGUACCUGGGUUUCGAUCAGGUACAGAAUGUUAACAAUUUCAACGCAGUUCUUACCCCUAAGCAGAAUGCUACCUUUGAUCGAAUCAUACGUGCCGUGGCUGCUUCGACCGUAAGCCACCUUGUCGAAAACCUUGCCUUGACAACAACGCCGAUGCUGGCAAGCAGCGUAACCGUAACUGGACUCUCGGGGGCUGUUGUAUCGCAGACUUUGCCUGACAAUCAGUGGGAAACGGAGUUGACAUUCUGGUACUCGAUCGCGAUGGCACAGCUCCAACGCACCGUCGUUGAGUGGGCCACAGGGCAAAUUGCUCCAGACCCACCAUUGUUCGACAUUCAGUACUUGCUUCCUCCCCAACUAGACCAGGACAAAUGGUUCUGCCAGAGCUUGGUGGUUCCAUCGACUGUUUACCAGUCAUUCAGAGUUCCAGCCAUCAUCUUGGUUGUCGCCUUUGGGAUGCUUGUAAUCGUUCUCAGUGCGAUUAUCGAGCAGAUAGCAGCCCCGCUUCGAAAGUGUCUCGGAAAGACUCCACGACAGGAUGAUUGGGAGGACGAUAACAUGCUAGGCAUUCCGCGGUCCAUGAUACAAGGGUUGGGGGGGUCUCAACGUAUUGCAAGGGACAACAGUCAUCGGUCAACAUGUCGACGUUGCAACGCAGAUAGAACUUCCCAACUGCAAUCUAGUCAGCGAAGUCUUACCAGCCAUCGAAACUCUUCUGAAGUGCUUCCAACAGAUGACCCUGCAUAUAUCUCCAUGGUGGGCGGGUUAAAAUCUCCAAAGGCCGACCCUCAGACCAGGCUUGAUCAUACCUCAGCACAAGAAUCAUGGAUAACUAUCAACCUUGGAACUCCUGCUUCCGCAACUUUUCCUGAAUUUCUUACGGGUGUUCUGGGCGGACAGCUCGACAGUGACGCAGAGGGCCGCGAACCUAGUGUGGUGCAUUCUUCCCUUGGCCGGCAUUCAAGACAUUUACACCAUGCAACCAUACCAGCAUCAUGGACAUCUGAUCAGGAUGAAAUUGCCCUUCAGGAUUUCACACGGCAUUCUGACAACGCUCAUACUACAGUCUGAACACACCAAGCUGAGGUGUGAGCCCAUGCAUCGAAGAGGAGAGACUGGGAGGGCCGAUUCAUGACGGCGAGCAACUGAAUCCUAGCCGAACGCACUCGGCCUCGGAUGGUGAUGCAUCGCACCGAGGACGAUUGGUUCAUUGGGUGUUUCAAUACCCACCAUUCCCUUGGAUGCGCCCAGCACCACCGACGGCCCGGACCUCGAGUUCCUCCCUCUUGAAACCACCAGUGCCAUGAGUACCACUAUUGCCACCGACGCCGCGAUCCUCAAGCUCGUCCCGCUUGAAGCCACCAGUGCCGUGAGUGCCACUAUUGCCACCGACACCGCGAUCCUCAAGCUCGUCCCGUUUGAAGCCACCAGUGCCGUGAGUGCCACUAUUGCCACCGACGCCACGAUCGACAAGGUCUG